AUGUCCAAUACAGCGUAUGGGGAUGGACAUGCUGUAACCGCCCUAUCCGUGUCACAGGAAGCUACGUACGUGGGCGUAGGUCAUGCUUCAGGCCACAUCUUCCUUUACGAUCUUUUCCAAGCGGAUGAACCAGCUCGACAUGUCCCGCCUAUUGAUCCGACUGUGGUUCGCGCUGGUCGUGGCGAAGGUCAUUUCGAAGGCUCACCCAUCACGCACCUGUAUUUUGUCGGUGCACGUAAAACAGCGAUCUUAAGUACAGAUGCGCAUGGCCUUUGUAUCUACCAUUCUUUGGGACGUAUGCUCGGUAUGGCUUCCAAUGAUACAUUGCGCAUUUAUGGUCAAUAUUCAUUGCAUGACUCGCCACAUAUCUUUGAUGCUAUGCCUUUGCCCGUGGGCACGACAGAUCAUCCUUCCAAUGCCCAUCGGUUUGUCGCUUUGUUGUUGUCCGACAAGCUGCUCCUUAUUGGUCUACAGCCAUCAGCGCGGACUUGGUAUCGAAGCACCGUCCCCGAGUCUUGCCAAACGGCAGCAUUAGCUUGGUUCCCCGCUAUCGUGCAGGAGAAAAGUGUGCAACAUCCCCUUCUAGCCUUCGCUUUUGGUUCUCAACUUCGACUAUUGCAUGUCCGCUCUGUCCGUGUCAAACCUCGAUCCCCUGAAGACCCAGCCACAUCGGCUAUUGUUAUGGCCGAAGAUACCCUCCUUUCCGCACCGAGUUCCAUUGUACGACUGCAAUGGGUCCACAGGCAACUUCUUUUUGUGGUGACAGACAAUGCAUGGCUUUUGUACGAUAUGCGCAAGAAUGCAUACACAGAAUGGCAGCCGCAUGAUCCCAUUGUAGCGCAACACAUGGCCACCUCUUCCACGUGUGCAUUGUCUCUCUACGUAUGGCGGAGCAAAGCCUUCCUUUUGGCAGAAGACCAGUUCUUUACAGGUGACUUUUUGCCCUGGGAUGCGCGAUUGCAAGAGCUCGAACAGGCACAAGACUGGUAUGAGGCUCUACGAUUGGGCUUGGAUUUAUACCAUGGCACAUCUCUUGGCUCUGGUAUUGGGUUGCCUGACAGCCGAUCGGAGCAGAAAUACAUUAUUGCCAAGAGGCUCCAAACGAUUCAACAAAACGCACUACGCCUGCUUUCCGCUUCCCCCGCAGAUGCACACACACUGGUCCACUUAUGUGGCCAAGUGGCUAUUGCUACAGCGGAUGAGACUUUCCUGUAUGGAGACUUGUAUUGGGCUUAUGAACAAUACGAUAUGGAGGAGGUUUAUGUUCACGAACUUGAGCAGUUUAUUCUUCGUGGUCAACUUCAUACCCCACCGCCCAGCGUUGUACAACGUCUGAUUGCUUUCCGUGACCGAAGACAAGAGUACGAGGAAGUGUCUCAAUUAAUUCUGCAUGUUGAUCCUCUGCAACUCGAUCUGGACCAAGUCUUGCGUGUCUGCUCGGAGCAUGGGUUAUGGGGCCCAAUGGCCCAUGUUUGCGAACAUGUGAUGCAUGAUUAUGUUACCCCCGUGGCCUACCUUCUAUCCACGCUCUGCACACAGCUGCUCCGGCACGAAUUUUCUGCCGAGAAUGCCAAUUUGUAUGCCAUCUUUCCUUUGCUGUCUGCCUAUCUUCGUGGACUUCGAUAUCCAUCCCUCACACCCAUGGAACCGACAGACGCGGUGAAAGCUGCUUCGGAUAUAAUGUCCUGCCUCUUUUCCAAGGGACCUUUUGAAUGGGUGGGGCAUGGUGCUAUUCCUACUUUGGAUCACAAACCUUAUCCAUAUCUCCGAUUGGUAUGGAGUCUGGAUAGUGAGCCUUUCUUCGAUGGUAUUGAUCUUGCGUUUGAAACCGACAUCUUCGGCGAUGAACGUCCUUCCUCAUGGCUUCACCGACAGACAGUGGUGCAAAUCUUACUUGAAGCCUGCCAAGGACCAUCUAUACCGGAGGAUGUAUCUUUAUUUACUGCACUGUUUGUGGCUCGGAAUGCUGCUAAAUACCCUCAAUUUGUGUCCUUAUCGGAUCAACAGGUCCAAUGGGUUUUCACUGUGUUAACAAGUGAUGUGACCAAUCACAUGGACAGUGAAUAUGCCCUGGAAUGCAUCUUGUCUGUUCACCCCAUCCAGCUGGACGAGGCGCACAUCACAGCUCUACGGCGUGCUACCUUCUGGCACAUCUAUGAACAAGCUUUGUUCAAAACACACCAAUUCAACGAAUUAUUUCGCUUUUACCUAUUGGACCUCGAUGGAUCACACCAUGCACCAGGCCAGCUGUAUGCACGCAUUGCUGAAAUGCUUAGCCGAUCAGGCUUGCGUAAGGCGGCCCAGCGUGAUCAGCUCCAUCCUACUCUAGUCAGUUCCGUUGCCGAUGUACCUGAUUCUUUGCUUGGCGAUCUCGCACAAGUUGUAUCCAGGUAUUUUGUUUCUCUCAAUGAUGCCGUUUUGGAUGAGCUUAACAGCACCCCUCAACGCCAGUAUUUAUACCUGACGUUUUUCUUUUCCUUGGACCAACCCAGUAUGAAAGAUUGGCCUAUCCCUCUUCGUCGUUUGUGGAUGACUCGCUUGGCCGAAUUUUGCCCCUCGCAACUUGUGGCGCAAUUGGAGGCGCAUAGCCUUUCCUAUUUUGAUCUGGACCAUGCUAGAAAAGAGGCUGAGGAUUUUGGUGUUUUACAUGCUGUGCUAUGGAUCUAUGAUCGCCAAGGACAAACGCCAUAUGGCAUGGAUGUCUUAGACAAGCACAUCGAUACUGUGACCCAACAUGUCAACAAUGCCAUGGAUGAUCAUCAUGGGCGUCUUUGGAUACAAACACAACAUGUAUUCCAGCAACUACGUGAUCUUGUACACAUGGCGUCACGUCUCUGUAUUGAGCGUACGAACAGGAAAGAUGCAGUAAUGGAAGAUGCGCGUGAACUGUGGUUCCGCCUUCUUCAUGCGUUAAUGACUUUGGAACAUACCCUAUCCGCUAGGAAUGCGGCUCCAGCAUCGAGUGCACUGCUGUCUUAUGCACAAGAGCAAAGCCGUAUGUUAACCCAAGAUGUACUAGCUUCUUUGGUCACGUCUGUGUCGUCUGAUACGGUGUCUUUUUCGCACUUGUUCCGACGUCUCGUGGACGACAUGUCUACUGUUGAACAGAAAUACUCUGAUGUACGGGUCGUGGUAGAAGCUAUGCUCUCUGCCUACCGGCUCCGAUGCGAGGUGCUCACCCUGAGUGUCAGGAUGAACGAAGCGGAUGUCGCUCGGCUAUUCCAUGAACUCACCAAGGAACGUGGAUCGGGUUGGUUUAUUCCUCAGGCACAAAUCCACGUCACCCAAGGUAGUCCUCAUCCCAAGUCGAACGUACGCGCUUCACAAUAUGCUAUCCAUCGAGUCACGUUGACACCCUCGGGCGAGGUGUUGCCUUGUUCCUCGGACCUUUCUAUGUAA